UCUCUACCAUAUUGGACAUAAAAUGUGGGUGUGAUUUCCUCGUUAUAAAGAGGCAGUUUUGGAGAGCACUCGAAGCUUGUGCACAGCUGUUGUGUCCGGAAAUCAAGAAGGGCAUGGACGAACUACUAAAAGAGGAAUUUACACUGGAGGAGACUGUCUCCAGUACAGACAGCAAGGUCCCCAUUAGACUAUGGACGAUGGUCUACUCUGUUUUGACUGUGUGUCUGCUCUCUCUGCUCGCUGGAGUCACGCUUGCCUUCCCAUCGCCAGUGCUGGUGGAGCUGCUACAAUUGGACGAUCCUCAGUUCAGAUUUGACACUCAGCUGGCUGAUAUCUUUGGGGCAGCUGCUCCAGUGGGUGGUCUCUUUGGUGGAUUAAUUGCCGGGUGGUUUGCAGACAAGUUAGGUCGUAAAACCACCAUCAUUCUGACGUCAGUGCCUUAUCUCAGUGGUUACUUCAUUAUCCUCUGUGCUGUGCUCGCUGAGAAUGGCAUAAUUUUCAAGGUGGUCUUGAUGGUGGGCCGAUUUCUGACUGGUGUGGGAAUGGGAUGGACCUUCGCAAUAAUGGGGGUUUACAUCGGUGAAAUUUCUCCGUCAAGAUCCAGAGGAGUGUUUGCUAGUAUGACUGAAGUGACCAUUUCUCUUGGAAUUCUAUUAAUUUUGGCGCUGGGAGCUAUUCCAAACACACACUAUUACCAUUUGGCCCUUGUGAUCGUAGGAAUUGUAACAUUGUUUGUUAUACUGGGCAUUUGGAUACCCGAGACACCAAGAUGGCUACUUUUGAAAUCGAAGAACGAAAAAGAAGCUACGGCUGUUUUGAAGUACUUGCGAGGACCAAAGUAUCGAAAAGUACAACAGGAAGUUAAUGAAAUUAAAUCAAGUUUUACGAAGAAAAGUCCCACAUUCUUCAAUACUAUCAGACAACUGCUUUGCAAUCGAAAUAUGCUCAUUCCCUUCCUGCUUGUGUUGUACAUUUUAAUAUAUCAACAAGCAUGUGGAAAGGGACCGCUGACAAAUUUCAUUGGUCCAAUAUUUUCCGAUAUUGGCGUUCCAUCUCCCAAUCUCACAGCUGCAUUUUCACUUGGUGGUGUGAGUUUGCUGGUUACUAUUAUUGGUGUGAUAGCGAUUGAUUUUGUUGGUAGAAAGUUGCUUCUUGCUUUAAGCUCUAGUGGAAUGUUUUUGGCAUCUUCAAUGAUGAGUGUGCAGUUUUACUUGACGCAACCGUCUUAUUGUAAUAACUCAACUGUUCUGGAGACUGCUGAUUUAGUAGUUGAUUGCAAUCCGCAUCUUUAUCCAUUGGCUAUUGCUGGAGUCAUUCUUUUUUCAUUGUCAUUUUCAAUUGGAGUAGGACCUGUGCCGUGGGUUAUAGUUUCGGAAUAUAUUCCGUUUAAUGUACGAAGUAUGGCUGCAGGCAUUAUGUCAGCUAUUUCUUGGGGUAUGGCUGCAAUUUCGUCUGGGACAUUUCUAAAUCUCUCGGAAGCCAUUGGAGCAUGGGGAAUCUGGUUAUUGCUAGCAAGUUAUCACGCCUUGUCCUUUCUCAUAAUUGUGCUGUUUUUCAUCGAGACCAAAGGGAAGAAACUUGAAGAAGUGCAAGAAAUGUUUGCAGCUAGAUUUCAGUGUCAGACUUGCUCUAAAAAACAUUGACGUGGAUGAUACUGCAUGUACGUGUUAAUCGAGUUAUUAGCUCAUGCACGCCCUGUAGCUAGAUCUAUAUUUAUGUGUAGAAUCUUAAAUACAUGCUUAGCAACAACUGCAUACAUAGACUUAAUUAAUCUGUAAUAUCAUUCAGAUUCUUAUUUCAGUUGUUA